GGGCGUGCAGGGCGUCGUUCACGCUACCACGGUCGUUUGACGGCGUCCCUCGCCCCAUCCCCGUGCGGCCCGCUCGGUGAGCGUUCUCGUAGUGUACGGCAACCCUAUCAUGUGCACGAGGAUCCGCGUGAUCGUGGCAGGGUCUUCAUCCUCAACGAAUAAAUAGCGCAAAUCGUCGAGGACAGACCGAGCUCCACCCUCGGUCUUCCGACGCGUCUUUUGCUCGUAUACUCACCAUGUUCAAGGUAGUCCUGGUACUUGUCUCCCUCGCUGCGCGCGCGCUGGCCUGGGACACUGUUUGCGCUGUGAAACCUCUUGGUGGAGGACAGGAUGACGGACCGAACAUCAAUGCUGCAUUCGAGGAAUGCUCAAGCAAUGCAGCCAUUAUCCUCGACGGGUACUACAGUGUCAAUACUUUGCUCUUGGCCAAGGGGCUAAGUCACGUUGACAUCGUUUUGAGUGGGACGGUGCAAUAUACGCCUAACAUCGCGUACUGGUCACCGAACAGUCUGUAUCUGACAUACCAGAACGCGACCACCUUCUGGUUCUUGUCCGGACAGUACAUUCACCUCUACGGCGGCGGUACCAUUGACGGCAAUGGCCAGGUAUGGUGGGACACCUUCAACACCACAGGGAAUUCGGGGACUGCGGGUGGCUCGUCUACGACCUUCGCCCGACCGAUCCCGCUUACCGUGGGGAACGCGUCGAACGUCGUAGUUGAGGAUAUCACGGAGAUUGGCUCACCGUUCUGGAACAACUUCGUGUAUCAGAGUACCAACGUGACUUACAGCCGCAUUAACAUCAGCUCGGUGUCGUACUCAAGCGCUCCGACCGCCAACUCGGACGGUUGGGACAUUUACAGGUCUUCAUAUGUCACCAUACAAGACUCCACCGUAAACAACGACGAUGACUGCGUCUCUUUCAAGCCGAACUCUACCAACAUGGUCGUGCAGAACAUGUGGUGCAACGGAUCUCACGGAAUUUCCGUCGGCAGUCUUGGGCAGUACGCGGGCGAAACCGACAUCGUCGCGAAUGUGUUCGUCAACAACGUGACCAUGCGCAAUGCAGAGAACGGUGCACGCAUCAAGGUGUUCGGUGGCAGCCCAUACGCCAACAGCACAGCUGGCGGCGGCACCGGCUACGUGAAAAACAUCACAUUCCAGAACUUCUACGUGUACAAUGUCGACAACCCGAUGUACCUCAACCAAUGCUAUUCGACGCCCGCGGCGACUUGCGAGGAGUACCCCAGCACCCUCAGCAUCUCCGACAUCCACUACAUCAACGUGACGGGCACCUCGUCCGGUGAGGAGGGCAGCGUCGUCGUCGACCUGGAGUGCUCCGCCGAGUGUGAGGACAUCACCGCGACGGGCACGCACUUGACGGCGCCGAACGGCACCGCGACGUACGUCUGCGACAAAAUCGCGACUCUGGACGAGCUCGACUUCAAUUGCACCGCGCCAUCGUAAGGGUCUCCGACAUAAUGCGUAUGAUACGAUGUGUGCCAGAAAUCCAAUGGGAUGUGCUAUCCAAGUUGUAAUAGUACUUUGGUGAUCGUCGGAUGAGACUCUCAUGCCGUGCUUGAGCUUCGAGCUCA